AUGGCAACGCCUCGUCGAAAUGGACUUCUAUCAUCGUGCGAGCCUUGUCGGAAGUCCAAACUACGAUGCGACCACCAAAGUCCGACCUGCGGUCGAUGUCUCCGUCAUGGUCUGGCCGAUCGUUGCUUCUACCAUCCUGCUCCGCUAACUCAGCCGAGUGCACGAGCCCCCAGGAUGAUCUCACGGAAACCCGAGAGGCAGCGCCCGGAAAAUCAUUUGGUCUUUCGUUUAGAUCAAACGAUUUCCAGCACAGCCGCGCCAAGCCUGCCAUCAGCUUUGCCAUCGCUUACAGAUGAGGGCAAUACAUUACGCAACCAGCAUAUCGCGCGAUGGACUGCGAGGGAAAAGCAGACUCUGGGGCCGGGAGUCCUAGGGUUGGUCUCCCCCAAAGAUAUUUUUACGGAGUAUGAGGAUAUCCUCCGUGUCGGAGAACCAGGCUUACCUACAGCCACAGCACCAACGAUUACAUAUUCACCGAGCGAUCCCAAUCAGGUAUUGCUAGGAGUUCAGAUUCUAUCGCACCUGCAGAAGAUCCGUUGGUUCUAUGAAAUUAUUGAAUUGAAGAACAAGAUUUACCCAGGAUGGUUUCUCGGUCCUCCAUUGACUCGCGCCCUAUGUGAUUCUGUGGAGCAAAUGUAUGAUUGUGCAGAUACUCAUGCGUCGCUAGCGACUUUGUCCCGUCAAAUAUUUGUCAACACGUCCAAAGAUGUCAGAACAUAUCCGACAAUGAAUUUGCCUGAGUAUUUCGAUUCAAUAGCCACGAGAUGGGAGACAAUUGGACUUGUCUUCUCCUUGUUGGGGACAGCAUUAUUCCAUACACCUGAUGAUGACCCAAUAUUCACACAUCGCAACCCGUGGAAGCUUGAAAAGAGUCAGCUCAGAACUAUCGCUACCGCCAUUGGAGAGAUUUGCUGCCAGUUUUGCAAUGGCGCUGGGACGACUAGCGAUCCAUUUUGCUGGCUUAUGACCCAGCAAAUAGUUCUUUCGACUUCGAUGGUCUGGCAAAAGCUUGGAGAUUUAUCCACUAUUGUUUACGCGUUCGGCUUGCAUCAAUCCUGUGAAGAUAUUGAAACAUUUCCGUUCUUCUUAGUGGAGAUACGAAAGCGAGUCAUGGUGUGCGCAUACGCAAUUGAUAAAGAGCUAGCGACCUCUUUGGGGCGUCCCCCACGGAUCUGCUCUCGGUACUGUGUUAUUCCGCUUCCCUUGGAUAUAAGUUAUGAGAAGAUGGUCCUCUCACACAGUGAAGGAGAGAAGGCACCGCAGAAUCUCGACGCGAAUGGUUGGAACACCGAGGGGAACCUGACCGUUGGUGUUAGGCUUCGCGUCGUGCUACUGACGAGUUUGUUGCGAGAAAAUAUCCUAGAAUUGUCUCUGAGUCCUACAACCCAGCAUAUUCUACCUAGAGGUGAGUUCGUAUCCCAUUAUAGACUACAUAUCAUGUUGAUGUUGAUUUUAGAGACUGACAGGAGGAAACCGCGCAGAAAUUUGAUUCAGGAAUCUCGUCAGACACAACAAGACCUUCCCUCGUUUUUGCAUUGGUAUCCCGAGGAAGCUGCAGCGGGUGCUUACAGAUUUGCACGAGAUGAGGCUCGCGCCUUCGCUCACAUAGAAUUCACGUACCAGGAGUUUCUGCUACAUCGAAUCUUGCUAAAGCGCGUUGGAAUAAACUCGCAAGGCCUCCUUGAAAGCUCCCUGGAAAUAAUUACCACACUGUUACAUAUUAUUUCCAUGCAAACCCAGCCUGCUCACUUGAAGGCGAAUAUGUCAUGGGAUUUAUGCUAUAUGGGCCUACCUGCUGCAGGCAUCCUAACUUCGAAACUGCUCUCGGAGUAUACCUAUGAGAUAUCGAAUCCAUCAUCAACGCCGUUAACUGCCAAUUUCCGUUCGCUUACAAUCCAAAAGCUUAAUGAUUUUGUCUCUCAUCUGACCUUCCUGGUGCUGCCGUACGAAGGGAGUUAUGAGAUUGCCCAACAAGGGGCGAGAUUUAUUCGUCGGGUGCUCGAUCAAAUUCUUUCUCCUACGUGUCCCCAACCAGAACUUGAACUGUCUGAAAAUUGGCUUGACGGUUGUGAUUUGGAUGGCAACCUUGAUUUCGUGGCGUGGUUUGACAACAUUCACUGGUCGCAAGACCCUUUGUUAAAUUCCACUUAA